GGGCAGCAGGGCAGAGGGGCCGGCGGGCAGCUCCCCCGGUGCCGGCCGGGGCACCGCGGCGCGGAGAGGCGCGGAGAGGCGCGCAGCCCCCGCGCUCCCGGCCCGCCCCGGCCCGCCCCGGCCCCCGGGCGGCCAAUGCGCGGCCGGGGGAGGCAGAGCCGGGGAAAACAUCAAACCCAACUUUCUCACCUUGAAGGGAAUCAAGCGCUCCCGAUGCUUCCCCUCCUGCCGCCCUCCCCGCCGGCCCGUCCUCCCCGGGAGGGCCCUCCGACGGCCCGGGCUUCUCCCGCCGGCUGCCCCCUGCCCCCCGAGGAGGAGAGAGCCGAGUAGCGGGGGCGCCACUGGCGACCGUUGCCCUGGGACCCCGCGGCCCCCCGGGGGGGCGGGCGGCGGGCAGCGGCGGGGCGGCAGGGCUCGAUGCGGCGGCCAUGGGGCGCGGGGCCCCCCUCGGACCGUGCCUGCUGCGGGCAGCGCUGCUGCUCGCCCUCUGCCCCGCCGCCGCCGGCACCUGGAUGUGGCUGGGCAUCGCCGCCGCCGGCGGGCCGGAGAAGCCGGGCUGCGCCAGCCCGCCGCUGAGCCGCCGGCAGCAGGACCUGUGCAAGCAGAAGCCGGAGCUGGUGCCCGCCAUCCGGGAGGGAGCUCGCCUGGGCCUCCAGGAGUGCCGCAGCCAGUUCCGAUACGAGCGCUGGGACUGCCGCCCGCCGCCGCCCGCCCGCCGCGGACCCGCCGCCCCCACCGGGGCCGCCGCCGCCUUCGGGCACCAGCUCGGCAGCGGCACAAAGGAGGCCGCCUUCAUAUACGCAGUGACCUCAGCGGGCCUCGUGCAUUCGGUGACGCGAUCGUGCAGCGCAGGAAACAUGACCGAGUGCUCCUGCGACACGAACCUGCGCCACGGCGGCUCGGCCAGCGAGGGCUGGCACUGGGGCGGCUGCUCCGAUGAUAUCCACUACGGAAUGUCCUUCAGCAGAAAGUUCCUCGAUGUGCCCAUUAAGAACUUAACGGGCAAAAGCGGGAGCGGACUGGCGGCGAUGAACCUGCACAACAACGAGGCUGGGAGGCAGGCUGUAGCAAAGCUGAUGUCAGUGGAUUGCCGUUGUCACGGUGUUUCUGGAUCCUGUGCUGUGAAAACUUGUUGGAAAACAAUGUCCUCCUUUGAAAAGAUUGGCCGUUUUUUAAAGGAAAAGUAUGAAAACAGCAUACAGAUAUCAGACAGACUGAAAAAAAAGCUACGCAGGAAAGAGAAAAGCCAGCGAAAAAUACCAAUUGGGAAAGAAGACCUGCUGUAUGUGAACAAAUCGCCCAAUUACUGUGUCGAAGACCAAAAAUUGGGGAUCCCUGGGACUCAGGGAAGGGAAUGUAACCGCACCUCAGAGGGACCCGAUGGCUGCAACCUCCUCUGCUGUGGGCGUGGGUACAACACCCACGUUGUCAGGCACGUGGAGAGGUGUGAAUGCAAGUUUGUCUGGUGCUGCUACGUGCGCUGCCGGAGGUGCGAGACCAUGACCGACGUGCACACCUGCAAAUAAGAUGAAGUACAGAAGACAUGGCCAAGCCAUCCCGCACUGUUUGGUACACACAAAAAGGCAGUGAUUACUCUUACCAUGUGGGAUUGCAGGGGGAUCAGCCUCAGGGGGAAUGGGUAUUGCCAACAACAGGUAGUCCAACAUUUGGCGUAUGAAAAAGCAACUGAGUGAACAGCAGCCUGUACACAGGGACAGCUAAAACAACAAAAAAAAAGGACUCCUAAUGACACAUUUGAACAUGUAACUCCAUGAGCAGGGACAGAUACUGAACUUUCCAAGUCUUUAAUAGAUACAACAUCCUGAAGAUCCCUGUGGUCAGUAGGUAUCUUGGAGAAAACUCAAGAUCUUGUUAGCCAGAGACUGAAGAGUUAAGAGGGUGUGUAAGACACGUUAGAUACAAUCCUUAUGUCUGUAUUUUUAAAACUGAGACUAGAUGGAUCAAUUGAAUUGUUCAUUUCUGCAGGCUUUAGAAAAAAAAAACAAAACCAAAGAUAGGGGAAAUGUUCUGCUGUUUACCACGAAGCAUUUUCUUUGCAAUGUUUGGAAAGCUAUCUUCUGCAUAACAUGUGUGACCACAGAGAGCUGGGCACUGCCUGGGUGGAAGAGAAGAGUCCAUUGGCGUGGAGCAAGCUGUGUCCAGAAUAGAGGGGCUGGAGCACAGCUUGAUGAAUGUGAAUGGUGUACCAAAUAGCAACAUCAGGAUUUUUUUAUAGGUUGUCUUUCAAACACACAAAGGACAGUUCUGAGGAGGGGCAGACAUACAGUUUGGUGUUUGAAGGAAAUAAAAUCGUUUGGAGGCAUUUCGUCAGUAUCUGAACACACAAUUUGUGAGUCAGCCAUUCAUCACCCCACUGUUAGACUGUACUCAAUAACCUGCCAAGUUCAACCAUCUUGCUGGUGGUUCACCAUCAUUUUCACAAUUAACGAUACGAGAUUCAGCCCAAAGAUAUCUGCCAUAAACCAAAAACAUUGCUUUCUCUUUAGAAGCAGCAGCUAGAGCUUUUCAUUAGGUUGCAUCCUAAGUAAGUUCAGUGCAUAAUUUAUGGGUCAGCUCACACCACUAAAAUAUUUAAACUGUUAUUGAUAACAUUUUCUCCCCCUCCAUAUGUUGGCUCAAUUUUAUUUUACAUCUGUGAAAGGUUGUUUAUUUUUCCGCAAUGAUUUAAUGUCUGGCUUAAAAAAGCAUCAUGUGAAAGGGUUUCUGUUGUUUAAAUGUGCAAAGACCUAUUUUUGAUAAGACAAGAAAGUUUAUAUUUUGUAAAUAUUUAAAUUAUGCAAGUUAUCUAAAAGGUUUCCAAAACUAAUGUGAUAAGAUUACAGCCUUUGACAUAUGUUGUUUAGAUAUUUGUUACUAUUGUAGUAGCCUUUAAUUGAUUUUUAUUUGCAUGUGCAGGGGGAAAUUAGUCAGAGAAUUACAUAAAUGUUCUUUUUUUUUACCAUCA